AUGGUGCUUUCUCUAUCCCGGUAUGAUGAGGACGAUCCUCGGAGCGUUUAUAAGGCCAAGAAGCUGAAGGCAUCCGUGCAAAUCAAAUCCUUCAAGAGUGCUCAUACUGGAAUUAUCAAGAGCGACCCAGACGGAAAGUCAAUUGCGGAUUUGGAAUCGUCGCCAAUAGCUUCAACCGCAAACUCUUCUUAUCGCAGUCACACUGGACAUGGACGCUCUUCUGUAUCCCCAAUCGUUCAAGUUGCCCCGGAAUCUACUACCCCGGCAUCUACGUCAUCUACGUCAUCCCAUACCAAUGAUCCAAACUACUACGGUUAUGAACCAGAUGCCCGCGAGGAUCGUUCCAAUACCGCUACAACUCGCAGUGUGCCUGUGAGUUCCAGGGAGCAGUCUGAUCCUGAAGAAACGGUGGGAUCAUCCGUCGCUGAACGACUGGCAGCCUACAGGAAGAACGCAAAGACUGUCUCUUCACCCAAGAUAUCCAACUACUCGGCGGCUGUCAACGCUGACAGAUAUGUCAAGUCUCCAAUGGCUCCAGUGGUGACCCGAGCGCCUCGACAAAGCUUGCAAAGAGGGGAUGCACAAAACGCUGAGAAUGCAUCAACAAAUCUCAGUGGAACUACACUAAGUGUCGAGACCUCACCUCAGCUAGACGAAGAGGAGGUUCCGGUUUCAUCCAAGUUUCAAAAUGUAUCGUCUCCACGAAAGGGUGUGAAGCCAAUCGCUGAAGCAACCAGCAGCGACAGCAGUAUCACCAAGAGCGUAGACGCAAGUGCAGACAAGAGUUCAGACAAGAGUUCAGACAAGAGUUCAGACAAGAGUUCAAACACGAUUUCAGACCAGAGUUCAGACAAGGGCGCAGACAAGAGUUCAGACAAAGAUGCAGAGGUAGAAAAGUUUGAUGAUGACAUCUUGGAAGAUCCCACGGCACGGAGCCAGGAUUAUUGGUCCAAUCUGAAGCAAAAGCAACGUGCAAAAAAACGGGCCGAAAAGGCUAAAAGCUCCUCCCUUUUCGUCACUUGCGGAGGUUUGAAUGAUGAUGACUCCACUGUCAUUUCCAACAACACUGACAUGUCCAGUGCUGCGGGUUCUUGGAAUUUGCUGGACAACAUGCUCGUUGGGAAAAAAGAAGACCUUGGCUUGGUUUCGGAAGGAGAACUCCUCUGUGAUUUUGAAGAUUCUGGAAUCGAUAGGAUCAAGAAAAUCCAUCAAUACCUCAAGAGUUUGACCAGGGAUGAUGAGUCGGCUGAUCUUGUGGGUCGUGACAUUGUGGCGACCGACAUGACCACGGAUGAGCCGCAUGACGAUGAUACUCCAGAGUCUGCGGGGAGUGCUCAUGCACUUAACAAGAAGGACAGUGAUGUGGCAAGCGAUGAAGAAACCAUGAAAAAUACACAAUUGAAUGCCAUGAAGGAAACUGAGAACGAUUGUGAAAAGAACGCUAAGAAGGGCGCUAAGAAGGACACUGGUGCCGAACGAAGUACUGAUGUCCAUACUGUAAAGUACAAUCCCCGUAAGAGCAAGACUGCAAUUGCUUCUGAACAGUACAUGGCCGCCGUUGCAGUUUCCAACACUUCCGUCACAUCCAGUCAACGCCGUUGUGCAAAGGACGAUUCCUUUCCCGCACAAAGUAAGGAGGACCCAGUUGGCGCCUCUCCAGCACGAGAUGCCGAUUCCGAAGCAAUGAUGAAGCCAGGGGGAAGUGCUGCUAUGGUCGAGGCUGGAUCUACUGCCAGUGUCAAGAGUGUCCGCUUCUCGGAAAAGAUCGACGUUGAUGAGCCAAAAGAAGUUCCAACUCCUGACGUCCCUUCUUUGUUGGACGAUCAAGUGGAAGAAGACGAACAAUCUAUUGCCUCUUCUCCAGAACAUGCUCCUGUUGCGGUUGUAGUGGAGGAGAAGGAAGCUAUCAAAAAGAAAAAGGGCUUUUUCAAGAAGCUAUUGCGUCGUGCAAAGAGGCGAAAGAGCAAGAAGAGAGGAGCAUCUUCGGAACCAUUCGAACCAACGUUGGAGCCAAUGAAUGAAGAAGUCGAAGAGGAAGGCGAGACAUUCACUAGUGACGCUGUUAGCGCCAAAGAAUCUGAAACUGCCGAGACCAGCAACAAAGAACCCAGCAGUGAAGAUGAACCAUCGUCGACACAAGAAUCACCAAAGGCAGCCCAACAUGGUGGUGGCGGUGGUGCUUCGGAAGGAUUCGAGCUCAUUGCUGGAUGCACCAAGACGGGCAAGAAAGCCAUCAUGAUUGCCAAAGCCAAGAAUGAACGCAGCAAGCGCCGCUCGGAAGAUGUUGAGCCAACGGCCAUUGCUGCUCCGUUGGAUCCACCACCAUCGGCUGCUAUUACUACUACUGAUAACAAGAAGGAGGCGACAUCCGUGGUCGCCAGUGAACAGGAAAGGACCAUUGACGUUGAUAAUGAUGUUGUCCACCACCAAGCUCGCAAUUUGAUUCAAAUGCAUUCUGACAAGCAUGGUGUGAGAAAGCAAGAUCUGAUGGAUCGUGUUCCACAUGGUGGUAGUGAUCAAAAGAAGAGUGGCAACAAGGACGGAGGAGAUGACACAAGCGUUGGUUCCGUCACCGAGACUUUUGUGAAUGAGGGCGACUCGCACUAUCAUGGAGACAGCACAGUUGCGUCACAACUAUUGAGCAUAUUCGAUGCUCUCUUUACGGCCGAUGUCAGAGGAGGGGAGGACGACGAUGGUUCCGUUCAGAGUAGUACUGUUCGUUACUGA